CGAGGACUCAGUGGUUCGGGGUCUGCCUGACGGAGGAUACGCGGGGAACUUCACUCUUACCUACCGGCCCUGCCUUGCCUGCCAGUCUGCCUCCCUCUUGGCAGGUGGAGAAGCCUGGCGAAGAAAACCUUCGGAUUGCCAAGAAACUGUGAUCGGGCUGCGUCUGCUUUAACUGCGUCUGUGUUGCUUUAACAGUGGCGACUGUGCAACAGACCUGUUGUUGUUGUUGUUUUAGAUACAGCUACUAGGAACAAAAAGUUCCAAGUAGCACGGGUUAUGGUGAGCCCGUAGUGGAAUUACCUCUCACAGGAGCGGGGCUGUAACUGGACAGACUUGUGCAGCCCAAGGUUAAGUAAGGUCGUUGGCAUGCUGACCUCCAGUGCCCGCGGGGAAGAUUGAGUCCUGUCCUGAAAAUGGCCAAAUCAGACAAUGUAGUGAGGGCGCGCGACCAGAUGGGUGUGUCAGUGGACAAUAACAACAACAGCAGCAACAAGUACUCAGGGAAUGCUAAAGGAAUCGCAGUUACCAAGUACCAGUUGCGGCCGCGCUCUGAGAAAUCGAGGCGCCACUGUUACGACAGUGACUGGAGUUUCCAGGACACACUGCGGCACAAGCCGCGGCCGCCGCCACUCUCCAGGUACCGCAGGAAGACCGCCAACGCCCGGGAGCGGUACCGCAUGCGGCAGAUCAACACCGCCUUCGACAGCCUUCGUGGUGUGUUGCCCUCUUGGGUGUGUAGUCGCCGCGCCUCCACCGACCUGACGAAGAUCACCACACUCAAACUGGCCUCCGCGUACAUCAGGUCCCUCCAGGACAUCCUGGACGGCAACGCCCAGGAGGACACCUACUCCUGGAUCCUCUCUAGCAUCCUAGGCGACGCUCCCAGCCCCCAGCAACCCCAGCCUGUCCACCACUACAGCCCCACCACCAGUCCCAGCAAGACCCAGCAGCAGCAGCAGCAGCAGCAACUCGCCCCGGCGCACGCAACCACAGACGCCGAAUUAGUCUCCUUCCUGUGUAGUGCCUCGAACCACGACUUCCACGAGAGCUUGGAGUCCUUCUCGUAUCUGUCUCCUGCACCGGACACCGACACCGUCAGCCUCCUGCUGCUGGGGGCAGACCCGCCUCGCUGCUGGGGAGAGACCCAGCUCACUCUCCCAGUGUCGUGACGUAUAUCUUGAGGACACCAAGAAGACACCUUAAUAAUUGACUUCCAGAGUGUGUUGAAGUAGAAAAUUAUUGUGCCGUGGAAAGCUACCGGAUAUCCAACCUUCCAUGGUAAGCUACCGGGUAUCCGACCUUCCGUGGAAAUUUAUCGGGUAUCCGACAUUCCAUGGAAAGCUACCAAGUAUCCGACCUUCUGUGGAAAUUUACCGGAUAUCCGACAUUCCGUGGAAAGCUACCGGGUAUCCGACCUCAAGCUAUCGUUCCUAAGGAAAAUAAGACGUAUAUGUACGUGGAUACCGGUGUAUGUAUGUACGUAAAUAAUUGCAACGGAUGUACGUUGAGUCAGGUGCACGUAUGUAGGUUGAUUUAGGUGCACGUAUGUAGGUUGAUUUAAGUGCACGUAUUUACGUUGAUACCGGUACACGUAUGUACGUGUAUUCCUGUAUCUGUAUGUACGUGUAUACCAGUGUGUGUAUGUACGUAUAUACCAGUGUGUGUAUGUACGUGUAUACCAGUGUGUG